AGGGUUUCACUCACUCCAGGGCGAAGAGGACAGACAGUACAAUACAAGCUCUAGGACAUAAACUUACCUGGGAAUCUAUUCCACUUCCUCUGUGCCACACCUUUUCUGGGACCUUCUGAGACCUGUGUCUUCCUGUGGAUACCUGGUCUUAGCCAUGCCUGUCACCACUCCUGCCCCUUCUAACAAGAGGAAGGAGGCCACCAAGAUCAUCACUGACCUGUCCAGCAUCAGCCAGAAUGACGAUGAGUCCGACCCCGAGGCCUCUGAGCUUGACCUGGGCACCAAGAUCAAGACGCCAAGGGACACCAUGCUGGAGGAGCUCUCCCUGAACAUGAACAAGGGCUCCAAGAUGUUCAGGAAGAGGCAGCAGAGAGUGGAGCGGUUCAUCGUCACCAACGAGAACAAGAACCUCGAGAACCUGCUCAUGUGCCCUCCCCCUGUCGCACCAAAGCCCGAGAAGGCAAAGGAAGAAGUGGUGGAGGAGACGAUAGAUGAGGAGGCGGAGAAGAGGAGGUAUGGACCCACCUAUAUAUCUCCAUGGGAACGGGCCAUGAAGGGCAACGAGGAGCUGACAGCCACCAUGAAGUCCUCCAUGCCGGGACCCAUCCAGAUGCACCCAGAACUGCCUCUGUACAAGAGCUUCAACAGGACGGCGCUGCCAUUCGGCGGCUCCGACAAGGUUCCCAAGACGCUGACCUUCGAGCUCCAAGAGCUCAACUGCACCUCCGAGGAGCCGGAGCUGGGCGUCCGCUCACGGCCCUCGUUCAACCGCACGCCCAUCGGCUGGAUCUGCAGUGACGACAACCUGAACAUCCACAUGGACCUGGACAGCAUCCCCUUCGAUGGAGAGACGGAUGACCUGUGAACACACGCACACAAGCAGUGCAUGCACUGGAACUCAUAAACACACACAAGAAUAACCAUGUAUGGGAGCAUUAGGCACAGGUCAUAAUUUAGACCACAUGCACUGACAACACAGUUUUGACAUACAAAAAAACGAUUUAAAACCGACUUGAUGGAGGACAGCGUCCCUCGUCUCCUGUGUGCUUUCUAAUCUUUUCAUCCCCAACUGUGUCUGAGUCCUACUACGAUUUUGCAAACUGUACAGAUAGAUACAGAUGAGCACUCUGCACUCUUAAGACAAUGUAAUUAUGCAAUAAAGUUCUCCUUUACAGAA